UUUAUCAUUCUUCACAAUUAUUUUCUCCUAUAUAAAACGAGAGUACUAAUCUUUUUUCAAACACAGUAUUAAAUUUUGAAGCUGACAAUUUACCGGGAAAAAAAUCAAAAUUUUUCUAAAAUGAAAUAUUUUAUCUUUGCUUUUCUUCUUUGUUCCAUUCAAAUAUCAUUUGGAUAUGCUCAAAGUGAUGAGUUAAAUGUUAUAAAAGAAUUGCAGCUGAAUGUUAAAAAAAUAACUGAUGAUUUUCAAGAGUUUUCAACUCGUGUAAAGGAAAAUUUAAAAGAACAUUUCGAGCAAGAAGAAACACAUGUUCCAGAACAAUUUAAAACAUUAAAAAAUAAUAUUUUACAAGAUAUUGAGAUUGAUGUAUUGAAUGAUGUACAAAAGGAGGAAAAUGUUUGUUACAAAAUUGCAAAGGAAAAUUUAGAUCAAAUUCUUAAAAAUACGACUAACGAAGUUCGACAAUGUCAAUUUAAUCAAUUAUAUUAUGGUUUCUCUCCAAUUUCUAUAAAUAUGAAUUUUACUGCUAAGACGGGUUACGAUUUAGUUGAAAAUUUAGAACUUGUUAUGGAGGGCUGUAGGCAUUUAGAAGAUGAAAAAAUAUGCCAAACGAAUGCUAAAAUUGGAGUUGAUAUACUUGUCAAUAAUUUUAAAAAUUCUAUUCAACAAUUAACAACAUUAGCUAAUGAAGCUUAUACUUUGAUGCUGUCAAAAAUUCAAGAAUGCACUUCCAAUGAAAUUAAGACACUAAAAGAUAAAACUCAAUCAAUUAAAAAUAAUGCUGACGGUUGUACUUCAUUUUUUUAAUUGUUUCAUAAGUUUUUUUUUUAUUUAUAUGAUAAAUAGAAUUUAAUAAAAUAAUAAAUAGAAAUUUUGUCAAACAA